CAGCAGCUGCGUGUGACGUCAUUUGGGCGGAGACGAGUUGCAGCGUAUGCGCGAGCUAGAGUAGGCAGACGAAUCUACACCACAGACAAUUUGUGUGAAAAGAAAAUGGACACUAGUGGAGUGAAAGUGCUGGAGACUGCAGAUGAUAUUCAGGAGAGGCGACAGCAGGUCCUUGACCGUUAUAAGCGGUUCAAGCAGCUGUCCACCUUGAGGCGGCAGAAGUUGGAGGACUCCUAUCGCUUUCAGUUCUUCCGCCGUGAUGCUGAUGAACUGGAGAAAUGGAUUCAAGAAAAGUUGCAAAUUGCUUCUGAUGAAAACUACAAGGAUCCCACAAAUUUGCAGGGGAAACUACAAAAACACCAAGCAUUUGAAGCUGAAGUGCAAGCCAAUUCUAGUGCUAUCAUCAAGCUGGAUGAAACUGGAAACCAAAUGAUUUCUGAGAACCACUUUGCUUCUGAAACCAUUCGAAUUCGCCUAGAAGAGCUUCACCGCCUCUGGGAACUAUUGCUUCAGAAAACUAAAGAGAAGGGUGAGCGACUGCUGCAGGCACAGAAGUUAGUGCAGUACCUGCGAGAAUGUGAAGACACCAUGGACUGGAUCACUGACAAGGAAGCAAUUGUGACUUCUGAGGAGUUGGGACAAGACUUGGAGCAUGUGGAAGUACUGCAGAAAAAAUUUGAGGAGUUUCAGACUGACUUGGCAGCUCAUGAGGAACGAGUCAAUGAAGUGAACCAGCUUGCCGGAAAGCUAUCUCAAGAGAACCACCCAGAGCUAGAGCUUGUUGUCCGUAAGCAGGAUGAGGUUAAUGCAGCCUGGCAGCGACUAAAAGGCCUUGCCCAGCAGAGGCAAGGAAAGCUGUUUGGAGCCGCUGAAGUGCAGCGCUUCAAUAGGGAUGUGGAUGAAACUAUUAGCUGGAUCAAGGAGAAGGAACAACUGAUGGCUUCAGAUGAUUUCGGAAGAGAUUUGGCAAGCGUACAGGCUCUGCUUCGAAAGCAUGAAGGCCUUGAAAGGGACCUUGCUGCACUAGGAGACAAGGUUAACAACCUUGGCACCGAAGCAGACCGCCUUCAGCAGACCCAUCCUCAAAAUGCAUCCCAGAUCCAUCUCAAACGGGAUGAACUGAUCACAAACUGGGAGCAAAUCCGUAGUCUUGCUGCAGAAAGGCAUACUCACCUCAAUGAUUCCUACAGGCUGCAGCGUUUUCUGGCCGACUUCCGUGACCUCACCAGCUGGGUUACUGAAAUGAAGGCACUGAUUAAUGCUGAUGAACUUGCAAAUGAUGUAGCUGGAGCAGAGGCUUUACUGGAUAGGCAUCAGGAGCAUAAGGGUGAGAUUGAUGCCCAUGAGGAUAGUUUCAAAUCUACAGAUGAAGCUGGCCAUGCUUUGCUUUCUACAUCACACUAUGCAUCUGAGGAGGUCCGAGAGAAGCUAAAUAUAUUAACGGAGGAAAAGGAAUCUCUCCUGGAGUUGUGGGAGCUCCGCAGGCAACAAUAUGAGCAGUGCAUGGACCUACAGCUUUUCUACCGAGACACUGAGCAGGUGGACAACUGGAUGAGCAAACAAGAGGCAUUUCUCUUAAAUGAAGACUUGGGAGAUUCAUUGGACAGUGUGGAGGCUCUGCUUAAGAAGCAUGAAGAUUUUGAGAAAUCACUCAGUGCCCAGGAAGAAAAAAUUACUGCUUUGGAUGAAUUUGCUACAAAACUGAUUCAGAAUAACCACUAUGCCAAGGAAGAUGUUGCUACCCGCAGGGAUGCUCUUCUUAGUCGACGCAACGCUCUACAUGAACGUGCCCAGUAUCGUCGCACUGCCCUAGAAGACUCCUUUCACCUGCAGCAGUUCUUCCGGGAUUCGGAUGAACUGAAGAGCUGGAUAAAUGAAAAGAUGAAAACUGCAACUGAUGAGGCUUACAAGGACCCUUCCAAUUUACAAGGAAAAGUACAAAAACAUCAAGCUUUUGAAGCCGAGUUAUCCGCAAAUCAAAGUAGGAUUGAUGCUUUGCAGAAGGCUGGACAGGAACUUAUUAAUGCAAACCAUUAUGCAUCUGAUGAGGUUUCUGGACGAAUGGAUGAAGUCAGCUCUAUGUGGAAAAGGUUGCUCGAAGCCACAGAGCUCAAAGGCAUUAAACUUCGUGAAGCUAAUCAACAACAGCAAUUUAAUCGCAAUGUUGAAGAUAUUGAACUUUGGUUGUAUGAGGUUGAGGGUCAUUUGUCUUCAGAUGAUUAUGGCAAAGAUUUAACCAGCGUUCAGAAUCUACAAAAGAAACACGCUCUGCUAGAAGCUGAUGUUGCUGCCCACCAAGAUCGUAUCGAUGGCAUUACCAUUCAAGCCCGUCAGUUCCAGGAGGCUGGCCACUUUGAUGCUGAUAACAUCAAAAAGAAGCAGGAGGCCCUGGUGGCGCGCUAUGAGGCUCUGAAAGAUCCUAUGGUAGCACGUAAACAAAAACUGUCUGAUUCACUGCGCCUACAGCAGUUGUUCAGAGAUGUUGAAGAUGAAGAGACCUGGAUAAGAGAGAAGGAACCAAUUGCUGCUUCAACCAACAGAGGAAAAGACCUUAUUGGAGUUCAGAACUUGCUUAAGAAACACCAGGCUUUGCAAGCUGAAAUUGCUGGCCAUGAGCCACGAAUUAAAGCAGUAACACAGAAGGGACAAGCCAUGGUUGAAGAAGGGCACUUUGCUGGAGAUGAUGUAAAAGCAAAGCUUGGUGAACUCAACGGUCGCUGGGAAACACUGAAAGGGAAAGCCUCCCAGCGAAGACAGGAUCUUGAGGAUUCUUUGCAGGCCCAACAAUAUUUUGCUGAUGCCAAUGAAGCAGAAUCUUGGAUGAGAGAGAAGGAGCCUAUUGUUGGAAGUACUGACUAUGGCAAGGAUGAGGACUCUGCUGAAGCAUUACUGAAAAAGCAUGAGGCCCUCAUGUCUGACCUCAGUGCCUAUGGAAGCAGCAUUCAGUCUCUGAAAGAACAAGCGCAGGCUUGCAGGCAACAAGUGGCGCCCACAGAUGACGAGACUGGGAAAGAGCUUGUACUUGCUUUAUAUGAUUACCAGGAGAAGAGUCCACGUGAAGUUACUAUGAAAAAGGGAGACAUUCUCACUUUACUGAAUAGCACAAAUAAGGACUGGUGGAAGGUAGAAGUGAAUGACAGACAAGGUUUUGUUCCUGCUGCUUAUGUGAAGAAACUGGACCCUACCCAAUCCACAUCUCGGGAAAAUCUGUUAGAUGAGCAAGGCAGCAUCUCUCUGCGUCAGGAACAGAUUGACAACCAGAGUCUCGUUACUAAAGAAGCCAGCAGUGUUUCUCUGCGCAUGAAACAGGUGGAGGAACUGUAUGGAUCUCUGUUAGAGCUGGGUGAAAAACGCAAGAAUAUGCUUGAAAAAAGUUGCAAGAAAUUCAUGUUGUUCCGCGAGGCCAAUGAGCUCCAGCAGUGGAUCAAUGAGAAAGAAGGAGCACUCACCAAUGAGGAGGUUGGCUCGGACUUGGAACAAGUUGAAGUAUUGCAGAAGAAGUUUGACGACUUCCAGAAGGAUUUGAAAGCCAAUGAAUCACGCCUCCGUGACAUUAAUAAAGUGGCUUCAGAACUGGAGACUGAGGGUCUGAUGGCGGAGGAGGUACCACUUGUGGCUCAAACUCAGCAAGAACUUUUGGGUGCUGCCCCUGGAGGCCCAAGGGAUGAGACAGAUUCCAAAACUGCAUCUCCAUGGAAGUCCGUGCGAUUGGCAGUGCAAACAGUGGCUAACUUUAAUAGCAUUAAGGAGCUCAAUGAACGCUGGAAGUCCUUACAGCAGCUUGCAGAAGAGAGGAGUAAUCUGUUGGGCAGUGCUCAUGAAGUGCAGAGAUUCCACAGAGAUGCUGAUGAAACCAAAGAAUGGAUAGAGGAGAAGAACCAGGCUUUAAAUACAGAUAACUAUGGUCAUGACUUGGCAAGUGUUCAGGCCCUGCAACGAAAACAUGAAGGUUUUGAGAGGGACCUAGCUGCAUUGGGAGAUAAGGUAAAUUCUCUAGGAGAAACCGCUGAUCGUUUAAUCCAGUCCCAUCCUGAGGCAGUGGAUGAUAUCCAGGAAAAAUGCACAGAACUAAAUCAGGCUUGGAACAGUCUAGUAGGACGAGCCAACCAGCGCAAGGAGAAGCUGGGAGAUUCUCAUGACCUGCAACGCUUCCUUAGUGACUUCAGGGAUCUAAUGUCCUGGAUUAACGGAAUUCGUGGCCUUGUCUCAUCAGAAGAGAUGGCAAAGGAUGUUACUGGUGCUGAAGCUCUAUUAGAAAGACACCAGGAACAUCGUACAGAGAUAGAUGCCAGAGCAGGAACUUUCCAAGCCUUCGAGCAGUUUGGGCAGCAGCUGUUAGCUCGAGGACAUUAUGCAAGCCCAGAGAUUAAGGAGAAACUAGAGCUUUUGGACCAAGAGCGGGCAGACCUGGAGAAAGCCUGGGUACAGCGCCGGAUGAUGCUGGAUCAGUGUCUCGAAUUACAGCUUUUCAACCGAGACUGUGAGCAGGCUGAAAACUGGAUGGCUGCUCGUGAAGCUUUCCUUGCUAGUGAUGAUAAGGGAGACUCACUUGACAGUGUGGAAGCUCUGAUUAAGAAGCAUGAAGACUUUGACAAAGCUAUUAAUGUGCAGGAAGAAAAAAUUGCAUCCUUGCAGGCAUUUGCAGAUCAACUAAUUAGUGCAGAUCAUUAUGCUAAAGAUGACAUCUCCAGUCGUCGCAAUGAAGUUCUAGAUAGGUGGCGCCGACUGAAGGCUCAAAUGAUUGAAAAGAGGUCCAAGCUGGGAGAGUCUCAGACCCUCCAACAGUUUAGUAGAGAUGUAGAUGAGAUUGAAGCUUGGAUCAGUGAGAAACUUCAAACUGCCACUGAUGAAUCGUAUAAAGAUCCAACAAAUAUUCAAAGCAAACAUCAAAAGCAUCAAGCAUUUGAAGCUGAACUUCAUGCAAACGCAGACCGAAUCCGAGGUGUUAUUGACACUGGCAAUGCAUUAAUACAACGUGGUGCCUGCGCAGGGAGUGAGGAUGCAGUGAAGAUUCGUUUGGACUCUCUGAAUGAUCAGUGGCAAAUACUGGUCCAGAAAUCGGCAGAAAAAAGUCAGAAGCUAAAAGAAGCCAACAAGCAGCAGAAUUUCAACACAGGGAUCAAGGACUUUGACUUCUGGCUUUCUGAGGUUGAGGCUCUCCUUGCUUCUGAAGAUUAUGGAAAAGACUUGGCUUCUGUUAACAAUCUUCUCAAAAAGCAUCAGCUUUUAGAGGCUGACAUAUCAGCUCAUGAGGAUCGUCUGAAAGAUCUGAAUGGGCAGGCUGACAGUCUGAUGGCCAGCAAUGCUUUUGACACAUCUCAGGUGAAAGACAAACGCGAUGCAGUCAAUGGCCGCUUCACCAAAAUCAAAAGCAUGGCUGCAGGCCGACGUGCAAAAUUGAAUGAAUCCCACCGUCUCCACCAAUUCUUCAGAGAUUUGGAUGAUGAAGAGUCUUGGAUUAAAGAGAAGAAGCUCUUGGUGAGUUCCGAAGAUUAUGGAAGAGAUCUAACUGGUGUUCAGAACCUCCGUAAGAAGCACAAACGACUUGAAGCAGAAUUGGCAGCCCAUGAACCAGCUAUUCAGUCUGUUCUAGACACUGGGAAAAAGCUGUCCGAUGACAACACAAUUGGACAGGAGGAAAUCCAGCAGCGGCUAGCGCAGUUUGUGGAACACUGGAAGGAGCUGAAGGAUCUUGCAGCUGCCCGUGGUCAGAGGUUAGAGGAGUCCCUGGAAUACCAGCAGUUUGUGGCAAAUGUGGAAGAGGAGGAAGCCUGGAUCAAUGAGAAACUCAACCUUGUUGGUAGUGAAGAUUAUGGAGAUACUCUGGCAGCAGUGCAGGGGCUACUGAAGAAGCAUGAGGCAUUUGAAACGGACUUCACAGUUCACCGGGAAAGAGUAAAUGAUGUAUGUUCAAAUGGAGAAGAAUUGAUAAAGAAGAAUAAUCACCAUAUAGAAAACAUCAGUGCAAAGAUGAAGGGUCUGAGAGGGAAGGUGUCAGAACUGGAGAAAGCAGCUUCCCAGAGAAAAGCUAAAUUGGAUGAGAAUUCUGCAUUCCUGCAGUUUAACUGGAAAGCGGAUGUUGUGGAGUCGUGGAUUGGUGAGAAAGAGAAUAGUUUGAAGACAGAUGACUAUGGUCGGGAUCUCUCCUCUGUUCAAACUCUGCUUACAAAACAGGAAACAUUUGACGCUGGACUUCAGGCCUUCCAGCAGGAGGGAAUUACCAACAUCACUGCCCUCAAAGACCAGCUGGUGGCUUCUAAGCAUGUCCAGUCAAAAGCCAUUGAGACACGUCAUGCGGCCCUGAUGAAGCGCUGGAACCAGCUUCUGUCAAACUCUGCAGCCCGAAAGAAGAAACUUCUGGAGGCUCAGGAACAUUUCAGAAAGGUGGAAGACCUCUUCUUGACAUUUGCAAAGAAGGCAUCAGCAUUUAACAGCUGGUUUGAAAAUGCAGAGGAAGAUCUGACUGACCCUGUACGCUGUAACUCUCUGGAGGAGAUCCGUGCCCUGCGUGAUGCUCACGAAGCUUUCCGCUCCUCCCUCAGCUCUGCCCAGGCUGACUUCAGUCAGUUAGCAGAACUUGACCGACAGAUUAAAAGCUAUCGUAUGGUUUCAAACCCAUACACGUGGUUCACUAUGGAAGCUCUGGAAGAGACUUGGCGAAACCUACAGAAAAUAAUUAAGGAGCGUGAAUUAGAAUUGCAGAAAGAGCAGAGGCGCCAGGAGGAGAACGAUAAGCUGAGACAGGAGUUUGCUCAGCAUGCCAAUGCCUUCCACCAGUGGUUACAGGAGACCAGGACAUAUCUUCUGGAUGGCAUAGCCUAUCGUCGGGUCAUCCGUGUCUAUCAAUAUGAAGUUGGUGAUGAUUUGUCUGGAAGGUCCUGUAUGGUGGAAGAAUCUGGAACACUGGAGUCCCAGCUUGAAGCCACUAAGCGUAAACAUCAAGAAAUUCGUGCGAUGCGUAGUCAACUGAAAAAGAUCGAGGAUUUGGGGGCAGCCAUGGAAGAAGCUCUUAUCCUAGACAACAAAUACACAGAACACAGUACCGUAGGACUGGCACAGCAGUGGGACCAGCUGGAUCAGUUGGGCAUGAGAAUGCAACACAACCUCGAACAGCAGAUUCAAGCAAGAAAUACAACGGGUGUAACAGAAGAAGCCCUCAAAGAGUUCAGUAUGAUGUUCAAACACUUCGACAAAGACAAGUCUGGUCGUCUCAACCACCAAGAAUUCAAAUCGUGUCUGCGCUCCCUGGGUUAUGACUUGCCCAUGGUGGAGGAAGGCGAGCCAGAUCCAGAAUUCGAGGCCAUCCUUGACACUGUAGAUCCUAACAGGGAUGGCCACGUGUCACUUCAGGAGUACAUGGCAUUCAUGAUCAGUAGGGAGACAGAAAACGUCAAGUCCAGCGAAGAAAUUGAAAGUGCUUUCCGGGCCCUCAGUGCAGAGAGCAAGCCGUAUGUCACCAAAGAGGAACUUUAUCAGAACCUAACAAAGGAACAAGCAGACUACUGCAUCUCGCACAUGAAGCCCUACAUUGACGCGAAGGGCCGAGAGCUGCCUUCUGCUUUCGACUUCGUCGAGUUUACGCGCUCGCUGUUUGUGAACUGAUCCUAACCUGCCCUGCCCGCCAGUGACAACUUGGCUUGCGUUUACCGACAAGCAGGAACUGCAUGACUCAAAAUGUUUCGCUCCAUGCUUCUCUGUCCAGGUGUCUGCAUUUUAUCGUGCUGUUAGCUUUUAAAUGCUCUGCUUGAUUUUAACGUAGAGAACACGACACGUAGCGUCUGUACUGUUUUGUGCUUAAUUAAACGCUUCAGGUUCUAACUGGCAACGUUA